CUUUCUGUGACUGACGACUACCCACUCAGGAAACAUCUCUUGUUGUGGGAGCAGCAGAUACCUAGUGGAUAUUACCUGCUUUCUCUAGGCUGAUACCUGAUCUCCUCCUGAUCCCCACAGCCUGCCAGCCGGCCACCAUGAGAUUCCCCAAGCUGCCCAACCCAGGUCUGGAUGACCGGAUCCCGUCCCACCAGGAGCUGGAAAGGAUGGAGAAAGAGGAGGCUGGGGACAGGCCCAAAUGGGACAACAAGACCCAGUACAUGCUGACCUGUGUGGGCUUCUGUGUGGGGCUGGGGAACGUGUGGAGGUUCCCUUACCUGUGUCAGAGCCAUGGAGGAGGAGCGUUUAUGAUCCCGUUCCUGAUCCUGCUGGUUCUGGAGGGGAUUCCACUGCUGCACCUGGAGUUUGCUAUCGGACAGCGCCUCAGGAGUGGCAGUGUGGGAGUGUGGACGGCCAUUAACCCACAUCUGACUGGUGUUGGCAUCGCUUCCUUGUUAGUCUCCUUCCUGGUGGGUAUGUACUACAACACUAUAAUCGCCUGGGUGAUGUGGUACUUCUUCAACUCCUUCCAGAACCCUCUGCCAUGGAGUCAGUGUCCUGUCAAUGCCAACCUGACAGGUUUGGUCUCAGAAUGCGCCCGGAGUUCCCCAGUGGAUUAUUUCUGGUACAGAGACACACUCAACACGUCCACAUCCAUUGGGGACUCUGGAGGACUGCAGUGGUGGAUGGUGUUGUGUCUACUGUGUGCCUGGCUGCUGUUGUACGUCUGCUGCCUUCGUGGCAUUGAGACCACUGGCAAGGCAGUGUACGUAACAUCCACUCUGCCAUACGUGGUCCUCACCAUCUUCCUGAUCAGAGGACUGACUCUCAAAGGUUCUCUGGAUGGAAUCAAGUUCCUCUUCACACCUGAUCUAAAUGAGUUGAUGAACCCGUCUACCUGGCUGGAUGCAGGCGCCCAGGUCUUCUACUCUUUCGCCUUGGCCUCUGGAGGUCUCAUCUCCUUCUCCAGCUACAACUCUGUACACAACAACUGUGAGCAGGAUGCCGUGAUCAUCUCCUUCAUCAAUGGCUUCACAUCAGUCUACGCUGCUACUGUCAUCUACUCUAUCAUAGGCUUCAGGGCCACAGAGAGGUUCGAUGACUGUCUCGAAGGAAACAUCUUGGCCCUGCUGAAUGCUUUCAAC